UCCGCGACGUCUUUGGUUACGUCAUCGUCCUGCGACGUCCACUUGCUUCUCUUGCAAUUUCUCCACGUGUGUGUUUUUUCUUUCUCUCUCAGGUUAAACUUUCUAUUUUUUUUUGUAACAAUGCGUCCAUUAACGGAUGAAGAAACGAAAACGAUGUUUGAAAAGCUUUCCAAGUACAUCGGAGAGAACAUUAAGCUUCUUGUGGACAGACCUGAUGGGACUUACUGCUUCAGAUUGCACCAUGAUCGUGUUUACUACAUCAGCGAAAAGAUACUGAAGUUGGCCACGAAUAUCUCUCGGGACAAGCUGGUGUCCGUCGGCACGUGUUUCGGGAAGUUCACCAAGACUCAGAAGUUUCGUCUGCACAUCACAGCUCUGGAUUUUCUCGCUCCUUAUGCAAAGUAUAAGGUGUGGGUGAAGCCUGGAGCUGAGCAGUCUUUCCUAUACGGCAACCACGUCAUGAAGUCUGGCCUGGGCAGGAUUACAGAAAACACGGCCCAGUACCAAGGAGUGGUGGUUUACUCCAUGGCAGACGUCCCGCUGGGCUUCGGAGUGGCAGCAAAAACCACCCAGGAAUGUCGCAAAGUGGAUCCCAUGGCCAUCGUGGUGUUUCACCAGGCUGAUGUAGGAGAGUUCAUCAGAAAUGAGGACACGCUCACUUAGUCUGCUCUGUCAGAGUGGACUUUAUGGACUGGAGCUUUGUCACUGUGUAAAAAUGAGCAAAGCAGAAUGUAACGUUUCUCUCAUUUGUGUCAAGUGUUGUGUUUUUUUUUUUGUUUUUGUUUUUUUAUACAAGUGGACAAGUUAUGUGUUUUCGGCAGCGAUGAUCUUUCUGACAGCUCACUGCUUCAGAGAAAAAUGCAAAGCUAACAAACACGAAAUACGCCGAUCAGCCGUGAUAGUAAAACUAGCUGGUUUCCGGCACCAAGACAUUAACAGCAGAUGCUUUAAAUCCUGUAAGUUGUGAGGUGAAGUUUGUAUAGAAGCUCAGAUCAAAUCCAGAUCUCGGAGCAGGAGGUGUGUUGCUGUUACACUUUGGGUCCUCAGAUCCUUAUGAUUGCCCUUUUUCUGCAUCAGCUUUUAGAACUGACUGUUUACUUGAUGCUAAGUUUUUACCCCACACCCUGUCAGCUCUGGGGGCAACAAUUAAUCAACGUUACUCAUGUCACCUGUCAGUGGAUUUAAUGUUAUGGCUGAUCGACGUACAGCUACUUUUUUCUGUUUGACCGCUUUAAAUGUUUAUAUAGAAUUUGUAAGCAGUUGUAUAGAUAAAGGAAACGUCACAAUGUAAAGAGUUUUUCCACAAACCAUAA